GUGUACUGUGGUUAUUAACCUCUCAAUAAAUACAACUUCAGUUGUACAAAAAAGUACUAACAUAAGUUUUUUAAACUCUACAUUAGUUUUUUUCUUUUUGAAACUUAAACUCUACGUUAGUUGUGUCUUCCUUCUUUCUACCUCUCCUUUUCACUCAUGAUCACAACAAGCAAGAGUCAGAGAUAUUUGUUACGGUUUCUUGUGCUCCACGGUGGAGCUACGGCCGCGGCAGCUCCCUCCAGCGAGAAAACGCUCUCUCAGACACCCACUUGGGCCGUUGCGGUCGUCUGCACAUUUCUCAUCAUCAUUUCCCAUCUCCUUGAGAAGGGUCUUCAUAGACUCGGCAAUUGGUUAUGGAAAAAGCAGAAAAACUCUCUGCUUGAAGCCUUAGAGAAAAUCAAAGCUGAGCUGAUGAUUCUUGGAUUCAUUUCUUUAUUACUCACCUUUGGAGAAACAUACAUUCUCAAGAUUUGUGUUCCUUCGAAAGCUGCUCUCUCUAUGUUACCAUGUCCAUCUGAAAAGACGAACACUCUGGCUCCGUCUCUUAGCAAACAUCUUUUGGCUGCUGGUGAUUUAUCUGUGAACUGCAAAAAUGGAUCUGAGCCACUAAUAACUUUGAAAGGGUUGCACCAACUUCACAUCUUGUUGUUCUUCUUGGCCAUUUUUCAUGUUCUUUAUAGUUUAAUAACCAUGAUGCUUAGUAGGCUUCAGAUUCGUGGAUGGAAAAAGUGGGAGCAAGAGACAUUAUCUCAUGAUUAUGAGCUUUGUAUUGAUCAAACAAGACUUAGGCUCACUCAUGAGACUUCUUUUGUGAAAUUGCAUACAAGUUUCUGGACAGCAAUUCCUUUCUUCUUUUACGUCGGGUGCUUCUUCAGGCAGUUCUUUGUAUCUGUGGGAAGAACAGAUUACUUGACCCUGCGCCACGGAUUCAUCUCUGCUCAUUUAGCUCCGGGAAUGAAGUUCAACUUCCAGAGAUAUAUCAAAAGAUCUCUUGAGGAUGAUUUCAAGUUAGUAGUUGGAAUAAGUCCAGUUCUUUGGGCAUCAUUUGUGAUAUUCUUGCUGUUUAAUGUUAAUGGAUGGAGAACAUUGUUUUGGGCAUCAAUACCUCCUGUGCUAAUAAUUUUAGCUGUUGGAACAAAGCUUCAAGCGAUUUUGGCAACAAUGGCGCUAGAAAUAGUAGAGACACAUGUAGUAGUACAAGGGAUGCCUCUAGUGCAAGGUGCAGAUCGAUACUUUUGGUUGGAUUGCCCUCAACUGCUUCUUCAUCUUAUUCACUUUUCCUUGUUUCAGAAUGCUUUCCAGAUAACACACUUCUUCUGGAUAUGGUAUUCUUUUGGAUUAAAAUCAUGCUUCCAUAAAGAUUUCAACCUUGUAGUCAUAAAACUCUUUUUAUGCCUCGGGGCUUUGAUCUUAUGCAGCUACAUAACUCUCCCUUUGUACGCCCUGGUGACUCAGAUGGGUUCACACAUGAAGAAAGCAGCGUUUGAUGAACAAAUGGCAAAGGCAUUGAAGAAGUGGCACAAAAAUAUCAAAAUGAAGAAAGGAAAAGCAAAGAAGCUCCUGAGCAAAACACUUGGUGGUUCGGGGAGUUUCAGCAUCUCCCCCUCUUCCUCUGGAACCACUCUACAUCGUUCCAAAACCACUGGUCACUCUUCUAACGCCAUAUACUACAAACAAGAAGAAGAACACGACGAGAUGUCUGAUCUUGAAGCUGGUGCAGAGGAUGCCACUGAAAGGUUUCAAGAGCAGCAUAAGCCAUUCCAUCAUUCUUAGCUGUUUUUAGUGUACUCUUAUUACUUAAAGGUUGAGAUGUUGUGAGAAAACAAUGUUUCUACUGAUUAGCCAACAAUAGACUUAUUUAUUUUAACUUAACUACAGACGACAGAUUAUAUUUAACCUUAGCACUAUAUAGUGUGACCACUGGUAUGAGUGGUGAAUUCACUCUAUCUCUGGCUCGUAAUAGUAGCUCCCAGGCCGAUACAUCAAGAAGUCUUUUAGGAAAUUUACCCUUAGUUAGGUAUUGUUUCUUUAUUAAUGAUCUGGUUAGUUUACAUUACUUCAUAGCUUAUACACUUGACUACUAGGAAAUAAGGCUUCUCCUUCCUUUCCCAAAGCUUUUAACUUUUAUAUGAUCUCUAAAACACUCCUUAACAUUGCUAGUUUUCACUAACUAGUUAUUAAAUUGAUAAUUCGUUUCAAGAAAGGAAACAAAUGAUACUUUUGCACAUAUUUUCUUGGAACCGUAGUAAAUAAAUACAUUAUGAAAUAUAAAACGCAUUUGUUUAUCAGGUUAUGGAAAGAACAAAGAGAAAAAUACAGAGUAAACAAAACAUGAAUUUGCUUACAGAAAAAAAAAAUUAAAAAACAAUAAGAAUAUCCAUAAGAAU